CCUAAAUAUUUCCAAUGUAAUGUUAGAUUUGUUUACGCUCCUCUAAGGAUAAACAUACCGGCCUCGGUAACAGGGACAUGAUUCGGGGUUCAGUUAUUUAAUCAAAUUCGGACACAUCAUGGUGAUGGCCAAAGCGAGUCUGGGCAAAUUUCGUGAUAUUUUGGAGGCCUGCAGGAGUAGCAAGUUUAUGAGCUUUUCGCUUGACGACCGGGGACCGACAGUGGUCAGCGGCCUUUCGCUUACGCCAGUCGGCAAAAUGCUGCGCAACAAUUUGCGUCAAGAGAGCCACCAACUACUCGGUGGAACCGCCGUUCCAGUGUACCGCGGCACCGGUAGCAUGAGCUUGGCCGAAAACUUACACUUCCUGCACCAGAACUAUCCGCUGAGCUUGCCAUUUGGUGUAGCACUCGAAGUAAACGGCAGCGAACACCGGAGCUUCGAAGUUCCACUUCAAACGGCAACAAGUGGCCUGCAAGUGGAACGCACUAUGAUUGACCUGUGCACUACAUACCUGAUCGCACCUUCACUGGCAGCACAAUUUCUGCACCAAACACAGCGGCAACGUAAAAUCUGGUGGAUGCGGUUCUCGUCAGGCCCGGGUCGCUACCAAAUAUCUGACGCCCAAAGCAGCAACGACGGCGAGCGAACAGUGGUUGCAAUAAGGGCACGCUUCGGCAAUACAGAACGUGCUACCUCUACCGAACAACCGGCAACGCAGGAACUAGCGCAAACCAUUGAUCUGGAAUGGUUGGAGCUAUUUCCCCGAGGUCUGCUAAAGGGCUCCGAUAUUCCGGAGGAGCUGUACAUUCGGACGAAAGGAAAACCCAAAAAGACGUUUCCGCCAGCUGUGGUGCGCGUUCACCAAGACCUGGACCGUGCCACGUUAGCCGUGCUGAUGGAUGCACUAGAACCGGCACCGUUCUCAGGUUGUGUUCGAGUUCACCGAAAACUAGCCCCUUUCAAGUGCGGCAUUAUCUGCAACGUAAAGGAUCGAGCACGGCAGGCAGAGGUCGAAGAUCUGGCAAAGCAUUUAGCGAUCGUACUCCGUAAAGCGGACAUCUCGCUCUUAGACUACUCACUUCCGCAAGCGAAGGAUGUUGGCAGUUACCGGAAGCAGAUCGCGAACCUCGAUGCCUUAGGUGUUCCGUACACACUCGUGCUGCGUGACGAGGCGCUUGAAACUGGAUUACUCUCGUUGCGCGCACGUGACACAACGCUUGCGGAAACGAUUCACGUGUCCGACCUGCCACACUAUCUAAUAAAGAUCAUCCAGUCCUAGAGAAAGUCGCACAGGUACUGGCGCACGUUGAAGCCCACCAUGCGGCCGAUGUGCAGGAUAAAGUCGAGUCCCACCGUGCACUGCAGGCGAGCCGAACCCUCCAGUAUGCUGCCUUCCGAUGCGGACGCAUACGCAAGCAGCU